AUGUCGACUUCGAAAACCAUAACCAUCACUCUGUUCAUCGCAACAACACUAGUCGCGUCCUGCAACGCAGCGGCAAAAAACAACACAACGCAACCGCUCUUCCCAGCGAUUCUAAUCUUCGGCGACUCAACCGUCGACACAGGCAACAACAAUUACCCCUUAAACACAAUCUUCAGAGCAACGCAUCUUCCUUACGGCAUCGAUUUCCCAAACCGCAAACCAAACGGUAGAUUCUCAAACGGAAAACUAAUCCCCGACAUACUCGCAGCCAAAUACAACAUCAAACAGUUUGUUCCUCCCUUCUUACAACCAAAUCUCUCCGACCAUGAGAUUGUAACCGGAGUAUGUUUCGCAUCAGCCGGUGCGGGUUACGAUGACCGAACCAGCCUCUCGACUCAGGCCAUUCCUGUCUUGGAGCAACCUAAGAUGUUCAAGAGUUACAUUGCUCGUCUUAAGAGUAUCGUAGGAGACAAGAAAGCUAUGGAGAUUAUAAACAAUGCCUUGGUGGUUAUAAGUGCAGGACCUAACGAUUUUAUUUUGAAUUAUUACACUGUUCCUUUAAGGCGUCUUGAGUAUCCUCGCGUUUCUGAUUACCAAGACUUUAUACUUAAGAGGCUUGACACUCUCGUCCGGGAGCUUUACAGUUUAGGUUGCCGGAAAAUUAUGGUGAAUGGUUUACCGCCGAUAGGUUGUUUACCGAUUCAGAUGUCUGCUAAGUUCCGCAAUAUCUUUAGGUUCUGUUUGGAACAAGAGAACAGAGACUCUGUUUUAUACAAUCAGAAACUUCAGAAGCUGUUACCUCAGAUCGAAGCAUCUCUUAAAGGAAGCAAGUUCCUUUACUGCAAUAGCCAUGACCCUGUGUUGGACAUGAUGCAAAACCCUAGCAAAUACGGGUUUAAAGAGACGAAGAGAGGAUGUUGUGGAACAGGGUACAUGGAGACGAGCUUCAUGUGUAAUCCUUUCUCUCGGACGUGUGGGAAUCACUCGGAGUUUUUGUUCUUUGACUCGAUUCAUCCAUCGGAAGCUACCUAUAAUUACUUAGGAAACUUUAUCGAUACUCAGAUUCGUGGGUGGCUUAAGGCCUAA